GCAGGGCUCUCGUGCUCAGUUCAGUCUCAGUUCAGUCUCUCGGAGGGGCUGGGGCGAGUCUGCACACGGAGCCGCCCAGCUGGGAUCGGAGCCUCGAGCGGCCGGGGGAGCUGGGCCGAGCCAGCGCUGAGGAUGGAGAAGAGCCGCCCGAGCGUGCAGGGUCCCUCCAGGGUUGCGCUCCUGCUCCUGCUGGCCCUGCUGCGCGGCCCGCCCUGGGCGCAGGCAGCCGAGCCAGUGGAUGUGCUGCGGGCGCUGAGGGUGCAGGAUGGCAGGGACGGCGUCUCCAUCGCGGCCGGGAUCUGCACCCAGCGUCGUGGGGCCGAGGAGAGCGACUUCGCCUUCCGCCUGGAGAACAGCACCCAGCUCAGUGCCCCCACCCGUCAGCUCUUCCCAGCCUGUCCCUGUGACACUGAUGGCCCCCGCAGGUGGCACCGUGUGGCACUGAGCGUGGAGGGCACCAACGUGUCGCUGCUGGUGGAUUGCCAGGCGCCCCUGACGCUGCCUCUGGAGCGUGGACCCCGGCCCGUUGUCAGCACCGCAGGCGUCACCCUGCUGGGGACCCGGCUGCUAGACGAGGAGGUGUUCCAGGGCGAUGUCCAGCAGCUGCUGAUCUCUCCAGACCCCCGGGCAGCCCUGCACUACUGCGAGACCUUCAUGCCGGGGUGCGACGUGCCGCUCCCCUACCGCCUGCUGGGCCUGUACCCCGAGGAGAGCGGGCCGGAGCCCACGGCUGCCCCCGCCCGGAGGAAGGGCAGGAAGGGCAAACGCAGGGGCAAAGGCAAGAAGAAGAGGAACAAGGAGCAGGCGGAGCAGCCGGACACCGCGCCCACUGUGGGGCCAGGCCAGGAGGCCCCGACCCAAGCAGCCUCUGCAUUGGAGGUGACCCCAUCUGGGGAGGAGCACGUCACCCCUCUGCCUGAGACCGCCCCUGCCAGCACCGUGACCAUCAGUCUGAACCUCCCCGAGGCCUACGAGGACCUGGGAGGGGAGCACAGGAUCUGGGUGGACGGGGACCCUGGGGCCAACAGCACCGACCCCCCUGACUACGCCCUGAGGGAGUAUGAGGAGUACAAGGGUGGGGAACCCCUGGACCGUGACACCAGCCAGGAGCGCUAUGACCCUGCCGAGCGACGGGAAAUCCUGCGCCAGGCCACCCGGGAAGCUGGCCAAAAGGGCGAGAAGGGGGAGCCGGCUGCCAUCGAGCCCGGCCGGCGAUUUGAUGGGCCGGCGGGAGCCCCGGGCCCAGCGGGUGAGAUGGGCCCCCCGGGGCCGGUGGGGCCGGCAGGGCUGCCGGGGGACCCUGGCGAGCAGGGCCCUGCGGGGCGGCCGGGGCUGCCGGGAGCCGCCGGGGGCCAGGGGCCUCCGGGGACCAUGAUCAUGCUGCCGGUGGCACAGGACCUGGGGGGCCCAGCUGGGGGUGUCGAGUGGAGCCGUCAGCCCUUCUUUCUCCUGCAGGGACCGCGGGGGAUGCAGGGCCCACCCGGCCCGCCAGGGAAAGGGGGCAAACGGGGUCGCUCUGGGGCGGAUGGUGCCAGGGGCCUCCCGGGGGACACCGGACCCAAGGGCGACAGGGGCUUCGAUGGGCUGCCGGGGCUGCCGGGCGAGAAGGGGCUCAAGGGGGACGUGGGGAAGCCGGGCCCCCCGGGCCCCCCAGGAGAGAAUGGAGCCAAGGGCUUGGGCGGCCUGCCAGGACCCAGGGGGCAGCCUGGGGAGCCCGGCCCGCCGGGGAAGCGGGGCAUGCAGGGCGUGGCUGGCGCGACGGCCCCCCGGGAAGUGGGUGUGCCAGGCCUGCCGGCUACCUCGGCGCCCCAGGGCCCCAAGGGCUCUGGCUUCCGGGCCCUGGGCUUGCAGGGAGAAAAGGAGAGGGGCCUGCCAGGGGAGCGAGGCCAGAUGGGGCUGACGGGGAAGCCGGGCCCGAAGGGCGACACCAGCCAUGACGGGGCCCCCGGAGCUGGGGGGGAGAAGGGCCCCCAGGGGCCACAGGGCCCCCACGGUUUCCGAGGCCCGAAGGGGCCGCCCGUAAGAUACCACGGCAAGACCGGCCCCCGGCCCACGGGUGGUGGGCCGCAGGGUAGCUCGGGCGAGACGGGUCCCAUUGGAACGGGGGCAUCCGGGCCCCCUGGGUCCCCCUGGACAGGGGUGCCAGGGGCUGCCGGCGGGAAGGGGCCAAGCGAUGGCGGGUUCUCUGGCGCGGGAUCUUCAGAAGGUCUCAUCGAGGUCUCUUUGCCUUUGCAGGGGGAGCUGGGGGGCUCCGGACAGAAAGGGAGCAAGGGGGACAAGGGGGAGGCGGGCCCACCGGGACCAACUGGUAUCCAGGGACCCAUCGGGCACCCCGGCUCUGCGGGAGUGGAUGGAGAGCCCGGCCGCCGUGGGCAGCAGGGGAUGUUUGGCCAGAAGGGAGACGAGGGGGCACAGGGAUUCCCUGGCUUGAGCGGCCCUGUUGGAUUGCAGGGCACAAAUGGGGAGCUGGGGGAGAAAGGGGAUUCCGGGCCAUCAGGCGCCGCUGGGGCCCCAGGCAAGAGGGGGCCCCCAGGAGAGGACGGAGCCAAAGGCAACUUGGGCCCCAUCGGCUUCCCUGGCGACCCAGGCCCCCCUGGAGACCCCGGGGUGCCGGGCCUGGAUGGAGCCCCUGGGGAGAAGGGUGAUGGCGGGGACCCCGGCAUCCCGGGCCCAGCAGGCGCUUCUGGGGAACCGGGUCCCCCUGGUCCCCCAGGAAAGAGAGGGGAGCAGGGCCUGCUGGGGGCCCCGGGGCAGGCAGGGCCACCGGGCCCCACGGGCCCCCCAGGUUUGCCCGGUCUCAAGGGAGACCCCGGCUACAAGGGUGACAAGGGUCACGCCGGGCUCAUCGGGCUCAUCGGCCCCCCAGGGGAGAUGGGAGAGAAGGGAGACCAGGGGCUGCCUGGCAACCAGGGGGCCCCAGGACCCAAAGGAGACCCCGGCUUGGCUGGCCCCAUUGGCCCCCCAGGCCCCCCCGGAUCCCCUGGGCUUGCGGGGCCACUGGGCCAGAAGGGCUCCAAGGGGUCGCCGGGACCCUGGGCCCCAAGGGGACACAGGACCCCCAGGACCCCCAGGGCCACCGGGCCGCCCGGCGGAGCUGCGGGAGCCGCUGCCCAUGGGAGGGGGCCGCGAAGAGGCGCCGCGAGGCGGUAG